AUGGUCUGCCAACUGCGUGUCCACUCUCUCGUUACAUUCGUCCAAAACAACAAAGAACAGGUCGAAUCUCGACAUGAUCGGCGCAGUCAUGGUCAGAUUGCUCUUCAGACCAACUUUAGGGUUGUAUCUUCCUCCAAUAGGGUUAGCAGCGGCCAAUAUGGAGGUUCUGGCGUUCAAGGUGGCUUGAAUACCGGCCUUGGUGAUGGAGAUUGUCUGUUGUUCCAUGGCUUCGUGGAUAGCAACCUGGUCUGA